AUGCCUUUCAACACUGCGCUUACCCGCAAGCUGGGCAUCAGAGUCCCUGUGGUGCAAGGCGGCAUGCAAUGGGUCGGCUACGCCGAAAUGGCCUCCGCCGUCUCCAACGCUGGCGGUCUCGGCAUCAUCACGGCGCUGACCCAGCCCACCCCCGAAGACCUUCGCAAAGAGAUCCAGAAAUGCAAGAAGCUCACCAAGAACCCCUUCGGCGUGAACCUCACCCUCCUCCCCUCGAUGAACCCACCAGAUUACCCCGCCUACGCGCAAGCGAUCCUCGACGAGGGCAUCCGAAUCGUCGAAACCGCCGGCAACUCGCCUGGCCCGAUCAUCAAGCAGUUGAAAGAGGCAAACCCGCCGUGCGUGAUCUUGCAUAAGUGUACGAGCAUCAGACAUGCGUUGAGUGCGGUGAAGCUCGGCGUAGACUUUUUAAGCAUUGACGGCUUUGAAUGCGCUGGACAUGUUGGAGAGACGGAUAUUACGAACUUGAUUCUACUUUCUCGAUCGCGACAGGUCAUGCCGAUCCCGUUCAUCGCCUCAGGAGGUUUCUGCGACGGCAAUGGUCUGGCAGCUGCGUUGAACCUCGGUGCAGAGGGUAUCAACAUGGGCACGAGGUUUAUGUGCACGGUAGAGGCACCUAUCCACAACAACAUCAAGGAGGCGAUUGUGAAGGCUCAAGAGACCGAUACCAAGCUUGUGUUGCGAAAGUGGAGGAACACUUCGCGACUUUUCAAGAACAAGGUCUCCGAUCAGGCGUACGAGAUUGAGAACAAGCCCGAGACCAAGGACUUUGAAGCCGUAGGCCCAUACGUCAGCGGAAAGCGAGGACGACAGGUUUUCCUCAACGGCGACCCAGAUUACGGUGUCUGGACCGCCGGCCAAGUCGUCGGCCUCAUCCAAGAUAUCCCGACCUGCAAAGACCUCGUCAACAGAAUCGAGAAGGAAGCCAUCGAGAGCUUGACCAAGGUGCAAAGCCUCAUCGUCGACAAGCAGCCAGAGCCAGAUAUCAGAGGAAAGCCGGCGAGCGCCAUGCAGGCGAAGCUUUAG